AUGGGAUUCGCAAAGGGACUGCCGAACUGGGCCGCGCUGAAGGACUACAAGCGGCGCCAGGCUUUCGCAGCCAACGAGACCUUGCGCCAGGCGCUCAAGUACCUCACACAGAACACGACGCUCGACUAUCGGACACGCGUGGCUGCGAUGCACAAGCUGGCUGCGAUGCCCGCUUACACCCGCCCGACGGAGAUUAGGAACCGGUGUAUCCUCUCGGGUCGAGGACGGGGAGCGAUCGCGAGCAAGGAGUUUGGUCUCGCUCGUCACCGCUUCAAGCUUGCGGCGGAGCGGGGAGAGCUGCCUGGUGUCGAGCGCGCGAGUUGGUGA